AUGUUUGCUACACGCCGCAUUGUCACAAAAUCUCCGAGGGCCCAGAUUGCUCUCUUCCACAGUUCUCGGCCCGCAUUUGUUCAGAAGGGCGAUGCUAUUCCCAACCUGAACGUCCUGGUGGAAAACUCACCCGGCAACAAGGUCAACCUCGCCAAGGAGAUCAAGGGCAAAGCGGUUAUUAUUGGUACUCCAGCUGCCUUCAGCCCUGCCUGCUCCAGCACCCAUGUCCCCGGCUUCAUCAACCACCCCAAGCUCAAGGAAGCUGGCCAGGCCUUCGUUAUUUCCGUCAACGAUCCUUUCGUGACCAAGGCUUGGGCCGAAUCCCUCGACAAGAGCGGCAAGAGUGGCAUCCGCUUCCUGGGUGACCCGACCGGCGAGUUCACUGAGGCUCUUGACCUCGGGUUUGACAGUGUCGCAAUUUUUGGCAACCGACGCAGCAAGCGUUAUGCUUUGCUGGUGGAGGAUGGCAAGGUCAAAGAGGCAUUUGUUGAGCCCGACAACACCGGUGUCAAUGUCUCAACUGCCGAAAAUGUCCUUAGCUAG